AUGGACGGAAGCCGAUUCAGCCUGCAAAAGCUGAACAACGCCAAUUAUUCAAGCUGGCGCUUCAAGGUUGAACUUUUGUUGGUACGGGAGGAGCUGUGGCGUUAUGUGACACCAGGUGAGAAACCAACAACGGAAUCGGAUGCAGUUUGGUCCACUGGAGACGUCAAGGCCAGGGCAACCAUCGGGUUACUACUGAUCGAGGACAAUCAACACCCGUUGAUCCGGUCAUCGACAACCGCAAAGGAAGCAUGGACGGCCCUCCAGAAUCACCACCAGCAGGAUACUUCCUCGAUCGCCACGAGAUGGAGGAAGUGGAAGCGGUCGCUAGAAUUAUUCCUGGAGGUGAACUCGGUAGCUCUGGCGUCCCGUAAGAAAUCCUAUCUGCUUCAUUAUGCCGGACCAGCGGUGCAAGACAUCUUUUACGAGCUCGAAGGACAUGAUGCGCCCCCACCGGCGGGAAGUGACGUUUAUCGUGAGGCGAUUAGACUGUUGGACAACUAUUUUGCACCAAUGGCCAGCAUUCCCUACGAUCGGUUCGUGUUUCGCAGCAUCAGACAAAAAGAGGACGAAACAGUCGACCAGUUUGUCAGCCGACUAAGAGAACAAGGAAGACUAUGCGAUUACGGGGCCGCACUGGACAUGAGAAUUACGGAGCAAAUCUUUGACCACUGCAUCUCAGAAGAACUACGGGAGGUGAUUCUCAAGAAGAAGUUGAUGACGGUGAACGAAAUCGUUGAAGAGGCACGGAUGAUUGAAACCGUUCAUCGAAAUAAGGAGCUCAUGGCGAUGGAAAAGGACGAAGCGAAGGAAAGUGCUGCAAAGGCUUCAACCGAGGAUCACACUAUCAACCGGAUCAAGGCAAACAAGAAAAAGGCAGUGUGUUUCCGGUGCGGACUCGCAGGCCAUUUUGCGAACGACAAAGCUUGUCCCGCAAGGAACAAAAUAUGCGACCGGUGUAGCCUCGCAGGCCAUUUUAAGAAAAUGUGCAAAACUAAACACGAUCCACCGAAGCAUAAGAAACGUGACAAAGUUCUAAUGGUGUCCGAAACCGAGAGACGAGGGCGUGAAGACAUCACUUCCGGCGACGACACCGCAAGCGAGAGUGGCAGCGAUGUGUGUCACAUUUAUGCAACGAACUGCAAACAAGGAUUCGUUACGUGCUACGCAGGCGGCGUAAAGCUGGAUUGGGUGGUGGACUCUGGAGCUCACGUGAAUGUGAUCAGCAGAAAGACUUGGAAUGACCUAAAACAAAAGGGAUGCCUUUACGUCACAGAGAGGAAACCACGGAAUGCCCUUCGUGUAUACGGCGACGGUGAACUGGGCGUCCAUAAAGUGAUCAGGACUGAUAUUGCGACGCAGUCUAGCAAAGUGAGUCACCUGAUAUAUGUAGUGGACCAGCAGAAAGGAGUUAACCUGCUCAGCAAGCAAACAUCAAUCGAUCUGGGAAUCCUGGAAAUUCGAGGAGAGGUGUUCAACGUGGAGCAGCGAGCGAAACCAACAGUUGGAAAACUUAAGGGCGUACAAGUGGAGGUAAAAAUCAACAAAAACGUAACACCUGUUCAGCAACCAUGUAGGCGGCUGCCUAUUCCAUUGCAAAAACCUGUCGAGGACAAAUUGGAGGAGCUGUUGCAACAGGAUAUAAUCGAACCAGCGCCGCUCAAGAUUACCUGGGCCUCGCCACUGGUGGUGACACCGAAGAACGGAGGGAGAAAUGUUCGCCUGUGUGUUGAUAUGCGGCAAGCGAACAAGGCCAUCAUCCCAGAUCGACACCCAUUACCGACCUUCGAGGAGAUAAUGCCGCACCUCGACGGCUGCCGAUUCUUCAGUAAGAUAGACUUGGUGCAGGCGUUUCAUCAAUUGGAGCUGUCACCGGCAUCUAGAGAAAUCACUACUUUCGUUACCCCAAAUGCCUACUACCGCUACAAAAGGUUGAUGUUCGGUAUGAACUGCGCCGCAGAAGUGUUUCAGCGCGAAAUCGAGCGAGUUCUUCAUGGUCUACCUGGAACGAAAGUAUUCAUUGACGAUGCGCUUGUGUACGCCUCGACGAAAAAGGAACACGAUAAGCGAGUGGCUGCAGUUCUGCGCAGACUAUCGGAGUACGGACUAACGGUAAACGACGAGAAGUGUGAGUAUGGCAAGGAGUCUGUCGAUUUCAUGGGUCAUACCCUGUCAUCAAAAGGAAUACUACCAACGGACGAUAAAGUAUCAGCAGUUCAAGCUUUUCGACAGCCACAAGAUGCUAAGGAGAUGCGAAGCUUCUUGGGCUUGGUAAACUACCUAGGUAAAUUCGUGCCCAAUCUGUCCAGCAUUUCGGCACCUCUGCGUGAGAUGACGGUUAAAGGAGUGAAGUUCGUUUGGACCGAGGAACGAAAGGAAGCUUUUCAAAAGGUCAAAACAGCCCUGUCGAACCCGAACUACCUAGGCUACUAUAGUCCAAGCAAUCCGACAACCCUAAUUACCGAUGCCAGCGAUUGUGGUCUCGAUGCAGUACUGAUGCAAACAGUCAAUGGUCAACCACGAGUGAUAAGCUACGCCAGCAAAACACUUUCGCCGACUGAGAAAAAGUAUCCGACUUUGGACAAAGAGGCACUUGCAAUUGUCUGGGCUACGGAGCGCUUCCAAAUGUAUCUGCGAGGUUUGCAUUUCGUGAUCCUAACAGACCAUAAACCACUGGUCAAUAUUUUUUGCGAUUCUUCCAUUCCAAACCAACGCCAAGAAAGAUGGGCAUUGCGAAUGCAGUCCUAUCGGUACACUAUACGCCAUGUUCCAGGUGAGCUGAAUAUUGCGGAUCCUUUCUCUAGAUUAUCCGAAGUGGCGAACGCAAGAACUUUCGACAAGGAAGCGGAAAGGGUCCUUUGCUCCAUUGUGGAAGUCAACAAACCAUCUGCGGUAACCUUCGACGAGAUUGCUCGGUGUUCUCAAGAGGACGUUGAAACACAGCAAGUAAAGAGAGCGCUGCACGAUGGCAACUGGAUCGAAACUAUCAAAACCUAUGCACCAUUCAAGUCGGAACUAUGUUUUGCGAAUGAAGUACUGCUCAGAAAAAGCAAACUGGUGGUACCGAGACAACUCCGAAGUACGGUGCUAGCAUUGGCACAUACAGGACACCCAGGACAGGAGAAGAUGAAGAGAAGACUUCGAGCAGCUGUAUGGUGGCCAGGGAUCGAUGGCGAUGUGCAGAAGUCGUGUAAGGAAUGUUUCGAUUGCCAGCUGGUAGCACCGUUUGACAAACCAGAACCGCUGCGUAUCAGAGAACUCCCUUCCGCUCCGUGGGUCCAUUUGGCUGGAGAUUUUUUGGGACCACUUCCCAACGGUUACUACUUGUUUGUACUGAUCGACUUGUACAGCAGGUAUAUGAUCGUUGAACCUAUGAAUCAGACAACUUCGAAUGACGUGAUCCGCACACUGAAGGAAAUAUUUACCAGAAUGGGACUGCCGCAAGUUAUUACCUUGGAUAACGCUAAAAACUUUUCGAGUCAACUAUUGAAGGACUUCUGUGUUGACCGCGGUAUCAAGCUGACCCACACCACACCUUACUGGCCGAGUGCCAACGGAGAAGCUGAGCGACAAAACCAGUCGCUUCUGAAGGUUUUGAGGAUUAGCCAGAACAAGGGGACUGACUGGAAAGAGGCGUUACAAGAAUAUAUGUACAUGUACUCGAUUACGCCUCAUUCGACAACAGGUGUGGCCCCGGCCAAUCUCAUGUUUGGCCGGCGUUUUCGUGAUUUGAUUCCACACGUACAAGACUGUACAUUGGACGAUGGAGAACUACGUGACAAGGACUGGGUUGCCAAGUAUCAAGCUAAGGAAAACAGGGAUAAAAGAGUCGGAGCAAGAGAAUCGCCGGUCGAUGUCGGGGAUCAGGUUUUGAUGAAGAAUCUGUUGCCACAAAACAAACUAUCUUCCAAGUUCUUGCCAACGCCAGCAACAGUAGUCGACAGGAUCGGAAACAGCGUCACCCUCAAAACAAGUGAAGGUCAGGUGUACAAGCGGAAUACGUCACAUGUAAGGCCUUUUAUCCAGCAAUCCAACGUCGAAGCUCAUGUUCCGGAACCAGCUGAACUGGAGGUGUCAUCCGGCACUGCGAACAUGACGGGUGAAAGACCACAACGUGAAAGAAGACUUCCAAAGCGUUUUGAUGAUUACUUGGUAUGA